AUGGACGCUGCCAUUGAUUUGUCCGAUGUCUCCAAGGCAUUGGACCUUGCCAACAUCCGUUUCCAGCUGAUUCGCCUGGAAGACACAAUUACCUUCCACUUGAUCGAACGAGUACAGUUCCCGCUCAACAAGACCAUAUAUGUCCCCGGCGGCGUCAAGAUCCCCAACAGCGAGCACAGUCUGAUGGACUACAUGCUACGUGAACAAGAACGGUUACAGUCGCACGUCCGCCGCUACCAGUCACCCGAUGAAUACCCCUUCUUCCCCGACGUCCUCGAGGAUCCAAUCCUCCAGCCGCUGUCGUACCCGCACAUCCUGCACGAGAACGACGUGAACGUCAACGACAUUAUCAAAGAGCGCUAUAUCAAGGAGAUUCUUCCUGCAGUCUGCCCACAGUUUGGUCGGGAGGACCGCGGCGAGACACAGGAGAAUUAUGGAUCGGCCGCGACAUGCGAUGUGGCCUGCUUGCAGGCGCUCUCGCGUCGCAUUCACUUUGGCAAAUUCGUGGCCGAGGCCAAGUUCCAGAAAGACCCCGAGACCUUUGUGCGUUUGAUUCGUGCUGGUGACCGCGAGGGCAUUGAUGCCGCUAUCACCAAUGCUCAGGUUGAGAAGAAGGUCUUGGAGCGUCUGGGUCUCAAGGCGAAGACGUACGGUACCGACCCUGCUUUCCCAGACGAGCAAGGUUCGAAGAUCGAUAUCGAUGCCGUGGUGGCCAUGUACCAGGAAUGUGUGAUCCCGCUGACCAAGGUCGUCGAGGUCGAAUACCUUAUGCAGCGCCUGAAAGGCACUCAAUGGGAGUGA